CGCAGAUUCGUUACGUUUAACGCCCCGCUCAUGAGACACUCGCGCGUGGCUCGAGGUGAGACGCGGGUAAGGUUAGGUUAGGCUAGAACUCGGCCGUUCGCUCCGCCAAUAACGCGGGUCGCUUGGGUGUGGUUUAUUAGAGCCGUGGGACCGUCAGGUAGAGCGAUUGUGUUCCAUGAGAGUGUAGUUUACGUCGCGCACCCAGCCAGGCGGCCGGACGCGUCUCGUGCCUCACUUUCGCGAUCGUCCCGGGUGCAGGCGCAACGGCGACGAUGAAGAAGAGAAGCCUGUCCGGCAACGUCGGCGUCGGCGUGUUCCUGGUGGGAUUCGUCUGCGUGUGCGUCGCGUUCGGCACGCCCUCCUGGUUGGUCAGCGACCCGCGGAUCGUCGGGGCGCAGCUCGACCGACUCGGCCUGUGGCGGCACUGCUUCAGGUCGCUACCCAAUCCCCAGGAGUCCGACGCGCCCAGGCGGUUCUUCGUCGGCUGCCGAUGGGUCUACGACCCGUUCACCGCGGGCUACUCCGAGAUCCGCGGCUUCCUGCUGCCCCCAUUUAUGAUAGCUACACAAGUGUUCUUCACGAUAUGCUUCCUGCUGGGCCUGAUAUCGUUCUUUCUCAUACUACUCUUCACUCUGUGCUGCGACCCGGAGCGAAAGAGGUACAUCGAGCUGAUAACCACCAUCGGUUACUUGCUACUGGCCAGCGGUCUCUGCGGUGGUUUGGCGGUCAUCGUAUUCGCCUGCCUCGGUAACGCGGACGGCUGGAUGCCCGGACACUCCAAUAACUAUCUAGGAUGGUCCUUUGCUCUGGGCGUCAUAGGCAGCGUACUGACACUGAUCGCGAGCGGUUUGAUGCUGGUGGAGGCAAACGUGCAACGAAAGAAACGAGACUACCUGAAGGAAUCUCAAACGCGUUUCCAACUGGAGUCCCGCGCCUAGAGCGGGGACGCGCGCGCACACGAGCGUCCGUACGAAAAGUCUGUAGUACCAUUCCGUCCAUAAGGUGCAACGUUUUUACCGUAGAACUUUUCUCUUAUCCGUAGACUGUACAGACCAGAAAAAUAUAACACGAAACAGAUCUGCAUUAAUUUAAGUUUAGACAGGUACGUAAGUUUAAUAUUUUUGUACGAUAUUUUAUAUCUCUUUAUAACAUCAUGUAUAUGGGACCGCAGUAUUGUACGAUGUUAUUAUUAACGAUGUAUAUGGGACGACAUAUGCGCGUCUUGAAACACUUGUAGAAAAAUUCGCGAGGAAUCGAUUGAUCACGAUAUUUUUAUUCGGAGCAAUUCGGAUCAUUUUUAAUAUGAAUCUCGACCGAUCGAGCUUUGAGCCGCGACGAGAGAGUGAGAUUGCGUUAAUCGCGCGGUUAUUUUUCUUCCGUCCAAACCUGGAAUGCGCGCUUUUAAUAAAUAUUUUAUCAUAAUUUUGUAGUUUUAACUUGGACUUCAUCGUAGGGACGUGGUCAUUUUUAUGACUUGUGUGGCCGUACACGAAUUUUUUAGUGCUUUGAGACGCGGAUUAUUGAAAUAGCUUGUAUAUUGUACCUACAUAUAUACAUAUAUAUUUAUAUAUGAUAUACAUAUUAAGUUCUACGCACGAGAUUUAAGAUAGUCGCACGACGCAGCUACGCAUUUCCACGUUUGUGGAAAUGUCAACGAGAUUAAUCGCGCACAAAGGUAAAUUUUAUAACUCCGUCCGUUACUAAAUAAAACUUCUAAUAAGAAAACUUUAUUCUCUACAGCCUAUCAGUCUCACUUAAAUGUAUACACGUAACAAAUAAAUUACAUCUCUCGACAGAUAAGAUUGUAAA